AUGCCUAGGAAGAGUGAUGUGGCGGCGAAGAUUGAGGAUGGUGAGUUGAGAUUCAGAAUCUCAGUUGUAAAUGUUUUUAUGCUCUGGCUUUGAGGUGAUAUAAAGACUAAUAUGAGAUGCAAAUGCAAAAUUCCUUUAUAGAUUCAUGCUGGGCCAUUUUAGAGAUGUUUGAAUGAGUAGUGGACAUUUAUUUGUUUGCGUUCAUUCAGUUGGAAUCGAAAUCGAUGGGGAUGUGAGUGACAGUGAGGGUAAGUAUAACACAGAGAUAGUUGUGUCUUUCUCUGUGAAUAAGGCAGACAACUACAGACACUGGUUGUUAGAAUUGACCUGAUAUUUAAAAAGCUUCAGCUCUAACUGUAUUAGUGUGUUUUUUUUACAUUGUACUAAAACGUGUAUAUCUUUGCAUGUGUUGAGCUGUUGUGUGUGUGUAUGUGUGUUCUCGCGCAUACAUUUGUGUGUGUGUGUGUAUCUACAGUGAGGGAAAAAAGUAUUUGAUCCCCUGCUGAUUUUAUACGUUUGCCCACUGACAAAGAAAUGGUCAGUCUAUAAUUUUAAUGGUAGGUUUAUUUGAACAGUGAGAGACAGAAUAACAACAACAAAAUCCAGAAAAACGCAUUUCAAAAAAUUUCUAAAUUGAUUUGCAUUUUAAUGAGGGAAAUAAGUAUUUGACCCCCUCUCAAUCAGAAAGAUUUCUGGCUCCCAGGUGUCUUUUAUACAGGUAAUGAGCUGAGAUUAAGAGCACACUCUUAAAGGGAGUGCUCCUAAUCUCAGCUUGUUACCUGUAUAAAAGACACCUGUCCACAGAAGCAAUCAAUCAAUCAGAUUCCAAACUUUCCACCAUGGCCAAGACCAAAGAGCUCUCCAAGGAUGUUAGGGACAAGAUUGUAGACCUACACAAGGCUGGAAUGGGCUACAAGACCAUCGCCAAGCAGCUUGGUGAGAAGGUGACAACAGUUGGUGCGAUUAUUCGCAAAUGGAAGAAACACAAAAGUACUGUCAAUCUCCCUCGGCCUGGGGCUCCAUGCAAGAUCUCACCUUGUGGUGUUGCAAUGAUCAUGAGAACGGUGAGGAAUCAGCCCAGAACUACACGGGAGGAUCUUGUCAAUGAUCUCAAGGCAGCUGGGACCAUAGUCACCAAGAAAACAAUUGGUAACACACUACGGCGUGAAGCACUGAAAUCCUGCAGCGCCAGCAAAGGUCCCCCUGCUCAAGAAAGCACAUAUACAGGCCCGUCUGAAGUUUGCCAAUGAACAUCUGAAUGAUUCAGAGGAGAACUGGGUGAAAGUGUUGUGGUCAGAUGAGACCAAAAUCGAGCUCUUUGGCAUCAACUCAACCCGCCUUGUUUGGAGGAGGAGGAAUGCUGCCUAUGACCCCAAGAACACCAUCCCCACCGUCAAACAUGGAGGUGGAAACAUUAUGCUUUGGGGGUGUUUUUCUGCUAAGGGGACAGGACAACUUCAUCGCAUCAGAGGGACGAUGGACGGGGCCAUGUACUGUCAAAUCAUGGGUGAGAACCUCCUUCCCUCAGCCAGUGCAUUGAAAAUGGGUCGUGGAUGGGUAUUCCAGCAUGGCAACAAAGGAGUGGCUCAAGAAGAAGCACAUUAAGGUCCUGGAGUGGCCUAGCCAGGAUCCAGACCUUAAUCCCAUAGAAAAUCUGUGGAGGGAACUGAAGGUUCGAGUUGCCAAACGUCAGCCUCAAAACCUUAAUGACUUGGAGAAGAUCUGCAAAGAGGAGUGGAACAAAAUUCCUCCUGAGAUGUGUGCAAACCUGGUGGCCAACUACAAGAAACGUCUGACCUCUGUGAUUGCCAACAAGGGUUUUGCCAUCAAGUACUAAGUCAUGUUUUGCAGAGGGGUCAAAUACUUAUUUCCCUAAUUAAAAUGCAAAUCAAUUUAUAACAUUUUUGACAUGCGUUUUUCUGGAUUUUUUUGUUGUUAUUCUGUCUCUCACUGUUCAAAUAAACCUACCAUUAAAAUUAUGGACUGAUCAUGUCUUUGUCAGUGGGCAAACGUACAAAAUCAACAGGGGAUCAAAUACUUUUUUCCCUCACUGUAUACAGAUGACACCAGUCGAAGGAGAGGGAACAGAAGACCGGCAGCUGGCAGAGGAGGAGCCCGCGGCAGGGGCAAAAAGCCAGCCGAUGAAGAUGAUGAGGACGAGGAGGAAGAGGAGGCCCCCAGAACCCGCAGAGGAGCCAAUAAGAAGAAAGCUUCCAAGUCACGUGACAUCGACGAUGAAAGUGAGGAUGACGCCCCCAAGAGGAGACGAGGAGGAGCAGCAAACAAAAAGAAAGGAGGAAAGGCCCAGGACAGUGAGGAGGACAGUGAGGAGGAGAAGGGGAACAAAAGAAACAAGAAGGGAGCCGCAGGAAAGAAGGGGAAAGAAGAGGAGACCAAAGAUAAUAAGAAGAAAGGAGACGCCAAGGGGAAGGGCAAAGGAAAGGAGAAGGAAGACGAGAAGGACAAGAAGAAGAAAAAGAAGAAAGAGAGCAGGUAUCUUGGUGGAAAUCAGGGCCCAAGCGUAGUACUAAACAGCACAGGAAUCUAAAUAAUGGGCCAAAUACGUUAUUUAACUGUAUUAAACAAUAUUUGCUACCCUUGCAUCAAGAGAAAUAGAAGGACAUCCUUUCUAACUCUCUGUCUCUCUCAAUCACUGACCUCUCUUUCCCUUCGAUCGCUCUCUCCUAACGAUCUGUCUUCCGCUCUCUCUGUUCCCCUCUUGUCUCCCUUCCUCUAUCUAUCUCACAGCUCAGACACAGACUCUAACGCAGACUCAGAGGAGGAGUCCAUGUCGGAGGGAGAGAUGGAACGACUGAAGGAGGAGGUGGAGGAGAAGAAGAAGGUCAUAGCUAUUAUGAGGAACAAGCCCUGGCGAAUGAAGAGGAGGCUGGUAUAUCUGAAGUAAUGAACGUGUUGACUGAUUGCACUUGCAUAGGCUACUGGACAAAUGACAUAUGCUGUCACGAUGAAGUUGAGACACUUUCAGAUAAUAAUUUGCUGUAUUCAUUGAUCAUAGCUGUGUUUUUUUUACCCCAUUUUAAAGUAUUUACUACACCACCUGUCAGAAUAUAUUUCAUAUUUUAGUUAAUUUUAUCCAUUUAUUUGAGCUUGACUGUAGCUGUUCUGUUGUUAACCUCAUGAUUUGUUCUCAGAGAAUGCCAAGAAUUUGUAGAUAAAUUUGAAGGGGCUCUGGGAAAAGGAAAAGGCAGGAAGUUUUAUGCCUAUAAAGUCAUGAUGAUGAAGGUAUGGAACCAUGAGCACAAUGUAUGCUUUCCUGCCACUUAGCUUUUUGUGGAUGUCAAAAUAUGAGGAUAUAAUAUUGAUUGUCUUUCUUUUUCACCAGAAAUGGAUCAAAUUCCAAAGAGAUUUUGAAAAUUUCAAAACGACUUGCAUACCAUGGGAACGAAAGAUAAAAGAGGUUGAAAGUGAGUUACCUGCUACUCCACACUUUAGAAACAGCAAUAUACUGAAAAUAUUCCAGAACACAGGUCACAACACAAGAUACAGUAAUAUACUGAGCUGAUUGACAAAGGCCAGUUGAAUGACAGCUGAGCACUACCACCUAGUGAAGAAACCCUAUAUGUCACUUCUCUCCCCUCAGGUCACUUUGGGUCCUCUGUUGCUUCCUACUUCAUCUUCCUGCGCUGGAUGUAUGGCAUGAACAUGGUCCUCUUUGGCUUAACCUUCGGACUGGUUGUGAUCCCAGAGGUAAAACCGCCUCACAAAGAGUUUUAACACAUAGAUACAACUCUAAUGUAUACUCUAGUAGUCUAUCAAUAAUUAUUGAAAUGUGUUAUGGCUCCAGGUUCUGAUGGGACUUCCGUAUGGAUCCAUUCCCAGAAAGACAGUGCCCAGAGCUGAGCAGCCUACUGCUCAAGACUACUCUGUCCUCAUGGACUUCAACGUGGGUUAAACAAUGCAGUCGAAAUAGGCUACGCUCUAUUUACUCUGCAUGAAAGCCUAUCAAAUAUUACCAUAUCAAAGAUUUCAGGCUCAUAUAAUGUGAUGAUAUUUCAUAUUGUGCUACUUAAAUUAUCAGCAUGGGUCUGGAGACACCUGUGAAGAUCAGAAGACACAGUUUAUCGGUACACUAUAAGAGCACAGUUCAUCACUUGUGAUCACUUCUUUCUCUCUCAGGGGUAUUGCAAAUACUCAGUCCUCUUCUAUGGUUACUACAACAACCAGAGGACCAUUGGGCUGUUGAAGUUCCGCCUCCCGCUGUCUUACCUCAUGGUAGGAGUGGGGACUUUUGGCUACAGCCUGAUGGUGGUGAUACGAACGUGAGUCACCACCCAAUCCCCCACCUAUAAAAUAUGAUCAGAUGUCACACAUACACUACCGUUCAAAAGUUUGGGGUCACUUAGAAAUGUCCUUGUUUUCAAAAGAAAAGCAAAAAAAAAAUUCUCCAUUAAAAUAACAUCAAAUUGAUCAGAAAUACAGUGUAGACAUUGUUAAUGUUGUAAAUGGCUAUUGUAGCUGGAAACGGCUGAUUUUCUAUGCAAUAUCUACAUAAGCGUACAGAGGUCCAUUAUCAGCAACCAUCAGUCCUGUGUUCCAAUGGCACGUUGUGUUUGCUAAUCCAAGUUUAUCAUUUUAAAAGGCUAAUUGAUCAUUAGAAAACCCUUUUGCAAUUGAAAAAGCCAUAUCUUAAUCUUUUCUUUUUAUUGCCCAGUCUGAGAUAUGGCUUUUUCUUUGCAACUCUGCCUAGAAGGUCAGCAUCCCUGAGUCGCCUCUUCACUGUUGACGUUGAGACUGGUGUUUUGCGGGUACUAUUUAAUGAAGCUGCCAGUUGAGGACCUGUGAGGCGCCUGUUUCUCAAACUAGACACUCUAAUGUAUUUGUCCUCUUGCUCAGUUGUGCACCGGGGCCUCCCACUCCUCUUUCUAUUCUGGUUAGAGCCAGUUUGCGCUGUUCUGUGAAGGGAGUAUUACACAGCGUUGUACGAGAUCUUCAGUUUCUUGGCAAUUUCUCGCAUGGAAUAGCCUUCAUUUCUCAGAACAAGAAUAGACUGACGAGUUUCAGAAGAAAGUUAUUUGUUUCUGGCCAUUUUGAGCCUGUAAUCGAACCCACAAUUGCUGAUGCUCCAGAUACUCAACUAGUCUCAAGAAGGCCAGUUUUAUUGCUUCUUUAAUCAGCACAACAGUUUUCAGCUGUGCUAACAUAAUUGCAAAAGGGUUUUCUAAUUAUCAAUUAGCCUUUUAAAAUGAUAAACUUGGAUUAGCAAACACAACGUGCCAUUGGAACACAGGACUGAUGGUUGCUGAUAAUGGGCCUCUGAACGCCUAUGUAGAUAUUCCAUAAAAAAUCAGCCGUUUCCAGCUACAAUAGCCAUUUACAACAUUAACAAUGUCUACACUGUAUUUCUGAUCAAUUUGAUGUUAUUUUAAUGGACAAAAAAAAUGUGUUUCUUCCGAAAACAAGGACAUUUCUAAGUGACCUCAAACUUUUGAACGGUAGUGUAUGUCAAAACACAGCUUAACACAUCAAGAUAGACCCCAGCAAUAGUAGCUGCUGCUUCUGCAAAAGCUCAUGGGGAUCCAAAUAAACAAAUAUAUAUAAAUAAUUUAGUUUUUCAUGGUGUUUGAUCUGAAAAUGGAUAACGGCCUUUCCCCACUGUCAUUCCUAUAUGUUUUGAUAGAAUGGCUAAGAAUGCUGAUGUGGGGGGAGGGGACGGAGAUGACGGGGAGUUCACCUUUGCCUGGAAGAUGUUCACCAGCUGGGAUUACCUCAUCGGCAAUGCCGAGACGGCUGACAACAAGUACGCUUCCAUCACCACCAGCUUCAAGGUAACCAUGGAGACCCGUGUACUAUUUUCACAACUUCAUCACAACGUCUGAUCUUUUGAAUUAUGCUCUUCUGAGUAUUCUUUACUGUAUUCAAUCCAAUAUAAUGACAUGUUAUUUCCCACCAACUACACAUCACUUCUGAAACAUGUUAGUGGCCCAUAAGCUAACUGUCUUUCUGUCUGUCUGUCUGUCUGAGUGCAGGAGUCCAUCGUGGAUGAGCAGGAGAACCAAAAGGAUGAGAACAUCCACCUGAGGAGGUUCCUGCGUGUGCUGGCCAACUUCAUGAUCAUCUGCUGCCUGGGAGGAAGUGGCUACCUCAUCUUCUUCGUGGUGAAGAGGUCCCAGGAGUUUGCCAACAGGAACGACCUGAGCUGGUACGAGAAAAACGAGGUAAUGCUUGGAGAAUGGUGUUGAUGCUAAGUACAUCCUUUGAAACCAAUGGAAUCAGUUUCUAUUUGGAAUAAAUGAUGGUAAUAUUAUCUCAUAAUAGUGUAGCCUUCUUUAUCUCAUUCAUUAAUAACUAAACAAACGUCCCUCUCUAUUAUAUCACUGAACUAUGUUUGAUCAUACGGUGUUGUGUAAAGUGGUGGUGUAGUGGAGAGAUGGUAUGAUUCCUCCCAUGGUCCCACUGUGUAGUUGGAGCUCAUCAUGUCCCUGUUGGGCCUGGUGUGUCCUCCCCUGUUUGAGACCAUCGCGGAGCUGGAGGAGUACCACCCCCGGAUCGCCCUCAAAUGGCAGCUGGGGCGCAUCUUUGCCCUCUUUUUGGGAAACCUCUACACUUUCCUGUUUGCCCUGUUUGAUGAGGUCAACAACAAGGUACUGUAAGGCUGCCUCACACUACUUCAGGCCACUACCAGACAUUAGCACUUUCUUGUUAAUCUUAAAUCUACAUUGAGAGCGGGAUUACAGGAUCAUUUUUGGGAUAAUAUGAAAGCGUCAAAGAGAAGGAUAAGGUUUCAUACUGGGAUGGUGGAGUUACAUAUUAUGUAAACAACACAGUGCAUCCUGUAGUGAGGGAUUGAUUUCAUACUCUUAGGAAUGAUGUUCCUCAGAGAGAUGCAUUUUCAUUGGGAUGAAUGGGUAGUGCGUUGAAAUGGAUGACCUGUGAUUCAAUGGCUUCCUUCCUUCCACUCAGCUUGAUGAGGAGGUGUCCAUUAGGAAUGCGUCCAUCUGGGCCCUGAAGGAAUACUACGCUAACUUCACCCUCCACAACAAUGACACGGACGUCACCCCGCCCCCCAUGGACCCCUCUGAUGUCAUCAGGGGGCCAUGCUGGGAGACCGCCGUCGGCAUAGUAACGGAACCUUACUGAUAUCCUCAUCUCUGGUGUGAUAUGGUCAUUGUUUCUGUUGUAUGUACUGUACCUUUGUAAAGCCCUGUGUGUGAUGUUCAUCAUGUGACAGGAGUUUGUGAAGCUGACCGUGUCAGACAUCCAGGUGACCUACCUGACCAUCCUGAUUGGUGACUUUGCGCGGGCUGUCAUUGUCAGGUUCCUCAACUACUGCUGGUGCUGGGACCUCGAAGCCACAUAUGUACGUGCUCCACUUGUCAUUGUUACAAAUGUCUUAUUUUGUCUAUUGGUGGGGAUAUUCUAGUGGUCUACAUUUUUGUUGCCAGGCAGAAGUUUGAACCACUGUUUGUGAUAUGGAUUUUAUCUCCCUCUGUAGCCAUCAUAUGGAGAAUUUGACAUCAGUGGCAACGUUCUUGGUCUGGUCUUCAACCAAGGAAUGAUCUGGUAAGAGAUAUUUAUAUUCUGGUUGCAAAACUAUAGAACUCAUACAGUAUAUUCCAUAUUCCCUUCACUGACCCUGUGUGUGUGCGUGUGUGUGUGCGUGUUUCAGGAUGGGUGCGUUCUAUGCUCCAGGGUUGGUAGGGAUAAACGUCCUGCGUCUCCUCUCCUCCAUGUAUUACCAGUGCUGGGCCGUAAUGGCCACUAACGUGCCCCAUGAGAGGGUCUUCAAAGCCUCCAAAUCCAACAACUUCUACAUGGGCCUCCUCCUCCUCAUCCUCUUCCUCAGUCUACUGCCUGUGGUCUACACCAUCAUGACCUUGCCACCCUCCUUUGACUGUGGGCCAUUCAGGUAGCACAUACACACAGGCAUGUUUACUGUUCUGUAGGACACACCCCUGCAAAUGCACUCACACCUCUAUACAUAAACACAGACAAACAAUAUACAAUAUGUAAGGACACAUACCUGUAGCUACAUACUCACAAAAAACAAAAUCACAAAUACAGUCUCACACAAUCUUUGAUCUCCACAGUGGGAAGGCCAAGAUGUUUGAUGUCAUCAUGGAGACGAUAGACCUGGACCUGCCUGCCUUUCUGGGAACACUGAUGGGCUAUGCAGCCAACCCUGGCCUCAUCAUACCAGCUGUGCUACUGAUGGUGUGAGUAGAAGUAUAUAACUACACAUACAGUCACACACACACACACACACACAUUUAUAUACAUACAGUACCAGUCAAAGGUUUUCUUUAUUUUUACUAUUUUCUACAUUGUAGAAUAAUAGUGAAGACAUCAAAACCACGAAAUAACACAUAUGGAAUCAUGUAGUAACCAAAAAAGUGUUAAACAAAUCAAAAUAUAUUUUAGAUUUUAGAUUCUUCAAAGUAGCUACCCUUUGCCUUGAUGACAGCUUUGCACACUCUUGGCAUUCUCUCAACCAGCUUCAUGAGGAAUGCUUUUCCAACAUUCUUGAAGGAGUUCCCACAUAUGCUGAGCACUUGUUGGCUGCUUUUCCUUCACUCUACGGUCCAUCUCAAUUGGGUUGAGGUCGGGUGAUUGUGGAGGCCAUGUCAUCUGAUGCAGCACUCUAUCACUCUCCUUCUUGGUCAAAUAGCCCUUACACAGCCUGGAGGUGUGUUGGGUCCUUGUCCUGUUGAAAAACAAAUGAUAGUCCCACUAAGCGCAAACCAGAUGGGAUGGCGUAUCGCUGCAGAAUGCUGUGGUAGCCAUGCUGGUUAAGUGUGCCUUGAAUUCUAAAUAAAUCACAGACAGUGUCACCAGUAAAGCACCCCCACACCAUCACACCUCCUCCUCCAUGCUUCAUGGUGGGAACCACACAUGCGGAGAUCAUCCGUUCACCUACUCUGCGUCUCACAAAGACACAGCAGUUGGAACCAAAAAUCUCAAAUUUGGACUCAUCAGACCAAAGGACAGAUGUCCACCGGUCUAAUGUCCAUUGCUCGUGUUUCUUGGCCCAAGCAAGUCUCUUCUUCUUAUUAGUGUCCUUUAGUAGUGGUUUCUUUGCAGCAAUUCAACCAUGAAGGCCUGAUUCACACAGUCUCCUCUGAACAGUUGAUGUUCAGAUGUGUCUGUUACUUGAACUCUGUGAAGCAUUUAUUUGGGCUGCAAUUUCUGAGGCUGGGAACUCUAAUGAACGUAUACUCUGCAGCAUAGGUAACUCUGGGUCUUCCUUUCCUGUGGCGGUCCUCAUGAGAGCCAAUUUCAUCAUAGCACUUCAUGUUUUUUGCGACUGCUCUUGAAUAAACUUUAAAAGUUUUUGAAAUGUUCUGUAUUGACUGACCUUCAUGUCUUAAAGUAAUGAUGGACUGUUGUUUCUCUUUGCUUAUUUGAGCUGUUCUUGCCAUAAUAUGGACUUGGUCUUUUACCAAAUAGGGCUAUCUUCUGUAUACCACCCCUACCUUGUCACAACACAACUGAUUGACUCAAACGCAUUAAGAAGGAAAGAAAUUCCACAAAUUAACUUUUAACAAGGCACACCUGUUAAUUGAAAUGCAUUCCAGGUGGCUACCUCAUGAAGCUGGUUGAGAUAAUGCCAAGAGUGUGCAAAGCUGUCAUCAAGGCAAAGGGUGGCUACUUUGAACAAUCUCAAAUAUAAAAUACAUUUUGAUUUGUUUAACAGAAUGUUGGUUACUACAUGAUUCCAUAUGUGCUAUUUCAUAGUUUUGAUGUCUUCACUGUUAUUCUACAAUGUAGAAAAUAGUACAAAUAAAGAAAAACCCUGGAAUGAGUAGGUGUGUUCAAACUUUUGACUGGUACUGUACAGUCGUGGUCAAAAGUUUUGGUCUUCACAAAGUUCGCUGCUUCAGGGUUGUGAGAUAUUUUUGUCAGAUGUUACUAUGGUAUACUGAAGUAUAAUUACAAGCAUUCCAUAAGUGUCAAAGGCUUUUAUUGACAAUUACAUUAAGUUUAUGCAAAGAGUCAAUAUUUGCAGUGUUGACCCUUCUUUUUCAAGACCUCUGCAAUCCGCCCUGGCAUUACAUUUUAGUCAUUUAGCAGACACUCUUAUCCAGAGCGACUUACAGUUAGUGAGUGCAUACAUUUUCAUACUGACCCCCUGUGGGAAACGAACCCACAACCCUGGCGUUGCAAGCGCCAUGCUCUACCAACUGAGCUACAGGGGACUUUAACUUUUAAUUAACUUCUGGGCCACAUCCUGACUGAUGGCAGCCCAUUCUUGCAUAAUCAAUGCUUGGAGUUUGUCAGAAUUUGUGGGUUUUUGUUUGUCCACCCGCCUCUUGAGGAUCGACCACAAGUUCUCAAUGGGAUUAAGGUCUGGGGAGUUUCCUGGCCAUGGACCCAAAAUGUCAAUGUUUUGUUCCCCGAGCCACUUAGUUAUCACUUUUGCCUUAUGGCAAGGUGCUCCAUCAAGCUGGAAAAGGCAUUGGUCAUCACCAAACUGUUCUUGGAUGGUUGGGAGAAGUUGCUCUCGGAGGAUGUGUUGGUACCAUUCUUUAUUCAUGGCUGUGUUCUUAGGCAAAAUUGUGAGUGAGCCCACUCCCUUGGCUGAGAAGCAACCCCACACAUGAAUGGUCUCAGGAUGCUUUACUGUUGGCAUGACACAGGACUGAUGGUAGCGCUCUCCUUGUCUUCUCCGGACAAGGUGUUUUCCGGAUGCCCCAAACAAUCGGAAAGGGGAUUCAUCAGAGAAAAUGACUUUACCCCAGUCCUCAGCAGUCCAAUCCCUGUACCUUUUGCAGAAUAUCAGUCUGUCCCUGAUGUUUUUCCUGGAGAUAAGUGGCUUCUUUGCUGCCCUUCUUGACACCAGGCCAUCCUCCAAAAUUCUUCACCUCACUGUGCGUGCAGAUGCACUCACACUUGCCUGUUGCCAUUCCUGAGCAAGCUCUGCACUGGUGGUGCCCCGAUCACGCAGCUGAAUCAACUUUAGGAGACGGUCCUGGCGCUUGCUGGACUUUCUUGGGCGCCCUGACGCCUUCUUCACAACAUUUGAACCUCUCUCCUCUUGAUGAUCCGAUAAAUGGUUGAUUUAGGUGCAAUCUUACUAGCAGCAAUAUCCUUGCCUGUGAACCCUUUUUGUGCAAAGCAAUGAUGACGGCACGUGUUUCCUUGCAGUUAACCAUGGUUAACAGAGGAAGAACAAUGAUUUCAAGCACCACCCUCCUUUUAAAGCUUCCAGUCUGUUAUUCUAACUCAAUCAGCAUGACAGAGUGAUCUCCAGCCUUCUCCUCGUCAACACUCUCACCUGUGUUAACGAGAGAAUCACUGACAUGAUGGCAGCUGGUGCUUUUGUGGCAGGGCUGAAAUGCAGUGGAAAUGUUUUUUGGGGGAUUAAGUUCAUUUUCAUGGCAAAGAGGGACUUUGCAAUUAACUGCAAUUCAUCUGAUCACUCUUCAUGACAUUCUGGAGUAUAUGCAAAUUACCAUCAUCAAAACUGAGGCAGCAGACUUUGUGAAAAUUAGUAUUUGUGUCAUUCUCAAAACUUUUGACCACGACUGUAUAUUAGGAUACUGCAUGUCUACAGUGUAUAUCUGUGUAAACAGAUGGAUGCUAAAGCUCUUAAUACAGUGGGCUCCAAAAUUACUGGCACCCCUGACUGGCAAUGCACAAACAAUACUUUAAAAAUUAUAAACAAUAUAAUUAUAGAGAUAAACUCAAAAUACCAACGUGAGAAAUAAUUUUCAAUGGAACCAACCAAAAUCAUACAAUUAUUUAAUACCAAAUAAAUGUCACCAAAAUCAACGUUUCAUAAUUAUUGGCACUCCUCAUUUAGUACUUAGUGUAACCACCUCUGGCAAGGUUAACAGCAUGGAGUCUUUUCCUGUAAUGUUUGACGAGGUUAAGGAACACAUUUGGAGGGAUUUUGGACCAUUCCUCUAUGCAGAUCCUUUCAAGAUCCUUCACAUUCUUGGGUUUGCGCUUAUCAACUGCCCUCUUCAACUCAGUCCACAGAUUUUCGAUUGGAUUGAGGUCCGGCGACUGAGAUGGCCAUGGCAGAACAUUGAUUUUGUUGUCACAGAACCAUUUCUGUGUGGAUCUUGAGGUAUGUUUUGGGUCAUUGUCUUGUUGGAAAGUCCAGCUAUGGCCAAGUCCCAGCCUUCUGGCAGAGGCAACCAGAUUGUCAGCCAAAAUUCCCUGAUACUUGGUGGAAUUCAUUAUGCCAUCAAUCUUAACCAGUGCCCCUGGACCUCUGGAAUUAAAACAGCCCCAAAACAUCACUAACCCACCACCAUAUUUCACCGUGGGUAUGAGGUGCCUCUCCUUGUAUGCAUCUCUGUUUCGACGCCAAACAUGCCGAUGCUGUAUCUGACCAAAACGUUCAAUUUUGGUCUCAUCUGACCAGAGCACCUUCUUCCAGUCAUAAUUUAAAUGACGUUUGGCAAACUCCAAGCGCUUGCAAUCUGUGUCUUGGAGUCAGAAAGGGCUUUCUUCUGGCAACCCUUCCAAAGAGCCUGUGGUUGUGGAGGUGGCGUCUGAUGGUGCUUUUUGAAACCUGGUGACCCCAAGACGCCACCAAGGCCUGCAAUUCUUUCACAGUGAUUCUUGGGGAUUUUGUUGCUUCUCUCACCAUCCUCCUCCCUAUCCUGGGGGGCAAAAUGCAUUUGCGUCCUCUACCUGUGAGGUUUUCAACUGUUCCAUAUCUUUUUAUUUUUUUUAUAAUUGCCCUGACAGUGCUCAGUGGUAAAUUCAAUCGUUUGUGGAUCGUCUUGUAGCCAUUACCAGAUUUAUGAAGGUCUACAACCAUCUGUCUCUUUUGAACUGCCAGUGCUUUUGUUUUCUUCAUGGUGUUGGAUGACAAAGGGAUAUUGCAUGCGUGUUACCUCAUUUUUAUACCCUAGUGAAACAGGAAGUGAUGUAAUGGCUCAAUAUGGUUCCUUAAGACUUAGAUCAACUUAAAUAAGUGGAAUUUAAUUCCUGGUUUAAUUUUGGUAGAUGUUAUUUACAAUAAUCUUUAAGGGUGCCAUUAAUUGUGAAACCUUGAUUUGGUGGACAUUGAUUUUUAAUUAAAUCAAUAAAUGAUUUUGGUGGGUCCUUUUGGAACAUUAAUAUAGUACAGUAUUUCUCACAUGUUGGUAUUUUGAGUUUAUCUCUAUAAUUAUAUUGUUUAUAUUUAUUAAAGUAUUAUUUGUGCAUUGCCAGUCAGGGGUGCCGGUAAUAUUGGAGCCCACUGUAUGUACUUCCCCACAGACUGGCUAUCUACUAUCUGAACUCGGUGUCUGAGGCGUAUCAACAUGCUAACGCAGAGCUGAAGAAGAAGAUGCAGAUGGUGAGUCUGAGUGUUUUUCAAAUUAAUUCAGUCUCAGGUAAAAAUUGUAUGUGGUUAAUUUAUAGGUCUUAAUUAUUUAAAUAAUACUCACUUGCUCUCGCUCGCUGUCAUCUAUCUAUCUACAUGUAUCUAUCUAUCUAUCUAUCUAUCUAUCUAUCUAUCUAUCUAUCUCUCACUCACUCACUCACUCACUCACUCACUCACACACACACACACACACACUCUCUCUCUCUCUCUCUCUCUCUCUCUCUGUCUCUCUCACUCACUCACUCACUCACUCACACACACACACACACACACAUUCUCUCUCUAUCUUUAGGCCAGAGAUGAGGAGAAGAACAGGAGGAACAACACUGAAAGCACAGACCAGGUCAUGAAGGACCUGGAGGACCUGCUCCCCAACCGCUCUCUCUUGCCCCCAGCUCCCCCACCAGAGACAGGUGCAGGUGAGCAUCAUACCUUCACUUCAAAUGUGUAUGAAACCUUAGCUCCAAUAGUGGAACACAGGUGAUCUUGUUUGACCUGAUGUUAAAUUUGUCUGAAAUCAAUGAUAUCAUGAGCCAGCCUGGUCUCAUAGACUAGACGUAACAUAGUAAACGUAACUCCGGGACACUCAAAUUAGUAUGAUAUGUUACAUUUGGAAUGUUACAUAAAACAGAAGGUUACUUAAGGCAAAAACAAAUGAAUACAUACCAUGCAAACAUAAGAUAUCAUACUAAUUGGAGUGUCCCGGAUUUACUAUGUUACAUCUACCCCUGAGUCCAGGUUGCAUGAGCAAAGAGAUGGUUGUACUUGUUUAGACUUUGAGACAAUGCACUCCCCCUAUGUCUUCCCUGACCAGACAAUAAAGCAGACCAAGGUGGAAAGUCUACAAAGGUGAGGCCAGGAACUGCAGGCAAGGACGUGAACCUGCAGAAAGACGUGUCCCUGUCAUCACCAAAUCCCAACACUCGAGGCGCAGUGACCCGCCCACCGGGUCCCCGGGGGCCUGGACCUCUGCCUGGAAAUGGUCAGCAGGGGCCAGGAGGGGGACCAGGGCGAGGACGGGGGAGAGGACAGCCACCUCCAAGACCCUAG